UCUUUUGGCAUAUUUCUUAUAGUGAAGCUACUGUCUCACUGUCCUGCAUUUCAAAACAAAAACUCUUUCGAAAAUGUCGUUACACACAAAAUCUCGUUUUGGACUAAAAAUUUUAGGCAUCUGUACGCGGCGGCUUCUAAAUUAUCGCUAUGCCAGCCAGUGCAGCGGAGGGGAAAUCGACUCGGAGGUGCUGAAUGAAAUGGAGGACGGCUACAAGAGACUGGCUGCCUCCGACUCCAAGUCGCUUCUGAAGAAGCACCUGACACAGGAGAUCUUCGACAAGCUGAAAUCGAAGACAACGCCCCACUUCAAGUCCACGCUGCUGCACUGCAUCAACUCUGGACUGUGCAACCACGACUCCGGCGUGGGCGUCUACGCCCCGGAUCCGGAGGCGUACACAGUGUUUGCCGACCUGUUCGAUCCGCUCAUCGAGGACUAUCACAAGGGCUUCUGCAAGACGGCCAAGCAUCCGGAGGCCUCUUAUGGCCAAGGCUCAGACUUUGAAAAUCUAGAUCCCGAAGGCAAAUACAUCGUAUCCACUCGCGUCCGCUGCGGCCGCUCGAUCAAGGGGUUCCCCUUCAAUCCCUGUCUGACGGAGUUCGAGUACCAUGAGCUGCAGUGCCUGAUCAGCAGCGCCCUGAAUAACCUCUGCGGUGAGCACAAGGGCAAGUUUUACCCUCUGACCGGCAUGGAUCCGGCCGUCCAGAAGCAGCUGAUUGACGAUCACUUCCUGUUCAAGGAGGGCGACCGAUUUCUGGCGGCAGCCGGCGCCUCCCGCUUCUGGCCCACUGGCCGAGGCAUCUUUCACAACGAGGCCAAGACCUUCCUGGUCUGGUGCAACGAGGAGGACCACAUGCGCAUCAUUUCGAUGGAGAAGGGCGGGGAUCUGGGCAAGGUCUACGAUCGCAUGAUUGCCGGCGUGGAGGCACUGGCUGAGCAGCUAGACUUCAGCAGGGAUGAACGUCUCGGCAAUCUAACCUUCUGUCCCACCAACCUGGGCACCUCCAUUCGCGCCUCGGUGCACAUUAAGCUACCGAACCUCACCAAGAACCCGAAGGAUUUGCAGAAGCUUGCCGACGAGUACAAUCUCCAGGUGCGCGGCACUCACGGAGAGCACUCGGAGGCAAAGGGCGGGGUGCACGACAUCUCCAAUCUGCGGCGGAUGGGUCUAACCGAGCAAGAGACCAUCAAGGAGAUGCACGACGGGAUCCGAGCUUUGAUAGCAGCCGAGGGCAAGACCAAGUGAUAAUAAGUAGGGAAGACAUACUUCAAGGCUGUACAUAAAUUCAUCAACAACUUUUACUUGCU